CUUUGUUUCGGCCAAUUAAGCUGCUCCAAAUACUUGAUUGCCACGACCACCAGAAACCUUCUCUGCUGCUGGAAUCUCCUCACUUGUGCAUUGGAGUGGAGCACAUCUGUGGAAGUUUCCAAGCUGCAGCCGGACCCCUUGUCAGAAAAUGUGGCUGCUUUUUCAUACCAGUCUAAACAUACAGACCUGUUUGUUUUCAAACCUAACGAGCCGAGGCCUCUGUUCACCCAUAAGAACGUGUGUUCAGAGAAGAUACAUCGUGCCGUCUUUGUUCCUCGAGAAGAGCCGUUGAACAAUUGUGACGAAAGUUCUCAGUGGCUCAACAGAUCUCAACUGUACUUCCUCACCCAAAACAUGGAUUUAUUGACCUUCAGCACAGCAACAGAGGAGGACAGAAUGUUGUCUUCAAGUAAACGGCUUGUCAUUGAUGACAGUAUUGCUGUAACACCGUUUUACCUGCUGUUGGGCAAACACAGACAACAGCAGCAGAAACUCAACACACCGUCCCAUCCAGCAGCUGACAAACCCCAACAGCCACAGGGCUCCGUUACCAUCACAGAAUUGUUACACACACCAGCUCAUGUUCUACCUGCUGCGUCAGUCCUGUGCUCAAUGUUUGUCAGUUCCCUCCUGAUCUCCAACACUGGAGUCCGGCAAGACCCCCUCAGGGAAAUGGAAUCUUCCGAGCAGGAAAUGAACAGUGAGAAAGAGGAAGAGCACUCUGAGGAGGAAAUGGAGGCAUGUGAUAGUCAGCAGGAGCUCAGAGCUCAGGGUUCAGUGGAUGAGGUGACGCCGAAGCUUUCUAAAGCACAAGAGAGGGAAUUGAAGAGGGUCAGAAAGACUGACUUUAGCUGGAUGGCUGGCCUCAUUGACUCCAAACCAUGAUGAGCAAUUUCACAGUCCUGUUUGUGUUUUUGUUUAUUCUUGCUUUAGAUCGAGACGUUUGUUUAUUUGGACUGCAGCAGCCCAUUAGUGGUUUGAUAAGUGAUUCCAUUUGGAACAACAAGGACAGCAAUGCUAUUUUGUAACUCUGAAUGUUAGUAAAAUGUUCAUCCCAUUUGCAUCAACAAUAAUUUAUAAAGAACUUUUUGUGAACAAUGUACUGUGACGUUGACUUUAUUUCAGUAUAUUUGUGCAUUUUAAUGUUAACUUUUUCCAAUUAAAGUAUUUAAACACC